AUGAAAAGGUUCCUUUUAAAAAUAAAGGCAUUUUAUAUCAAAGACUUCUUAUAUAUCAAAGAAUCUAGGAAGACAACUUAUAAAUUGGCUGUUUUAUUGAUACUCUUAGAAAACCUUUAAAUGCUAUCCAUAUACACACACAAUUUGACUACAAUAUAGUACGAACAAUUUCCAAAUUAAGUUAGAUCCAUGAUAAAUUAUGUUAAGUAAAUCAGAUAAUCUAUAUAUAUAAGGAUAUACACUUUAUUUGAAAACUCUAUUACUGCAAAAAUUAUAAGUGUUAUUAUUGGAUUUUCAAUAACAUCCUUAUUGAUGCUUAAAAUGCUUUUGUUAAUACUCAGCUAGGAUUAAUCUCUAAAAUCGAAGUUAAAUCUUCUUGAUUUACCAUUAACACAGGUAAAAAUAACAAAAAUAUUAGAAAAAAUAAAUUUAUCAUUUUGAGGAAUGUUGGCUAUCAACCUUGCUUUCCUGGUAUAUUCAAAUUAAUCUUGAGGUUCUGUAAAUACCCCUGCUUUUUUGCGCAAUUAGCCUGAUCUCAGAUCUGAUUAGCCAUAGUAUUAAUUAUUUUGAUAUAGACAAUCUAACCGGAUUUGAAGAAUUUGGAUUGCUUCUCAGCUUCAUCUUAAUAAUAUAAUAAUUGUCAUUAGGAACCCUCCUGCAUUACCAUUAAUUCGAAUACAGGAUAAAAAAUUAUGAUUUUUUAGGUAAAAAAUAAGGUGUAAAAAAUGACAUUCUAUAUUUACUGAGACUAUUGUAAUAUAUUAUCUCAUGUAUUUAGUAUGAUAUUUUUAUCCGGAAGUAUAUCAGAUGAAAUUGUGAUUCAAACUUUAGGAUUAUUUAUAAAUAGUAUAUAGACAAUAUAUACAUAUAAAUAACUAACCUACAUUGAUCAUAAAAUACUAUAUAUCUCCUUUAAUAUUAAUUUUUUAAUGCUGCUUUAUCAGCUUGCAUUAAUAUUAUGUUAAUUUGGAUAAUACAACAUUAAAAUUAGUUUAUCACUUUAACUUCUUUUACUUUAUCCCUUGAUCAUCUUUUUACUUCAUUAGCUAUCUUUCAGAUAAGAGUGGAGUAAUGAAUUUAAGGACUAAUAAGACUUUUUAAAAUAGAUGUAUUGGAAUACAAAAUUAUAGGUCUAAUUUAAAAAGAGAUAGUAACAUUAGGAUUAAUAAAGACUAUUUUAAAUUUAUACAAUAGUUAGAACACAUCUACAAGAAUGUAAAUAAAUCAGAAUGAGAAAAAUAUUAAAAAACUCUACUUAUACAUAAAAAUGCUUUUGCUCAAGUUUUUAAAAUCAAAACUCUAUCUAAAAUAUUGAAUAAUGUAAGGAAUUUUUGAAAUUAUGGUUGGGCUAAGUAAUCGAGGAUGAUUUAAAGGAGGAUGGUACUAUUUAGAAAACACUAACAUACAUAUGCUAUCUAAAUGACAUAAAAAAGGCACCUAUUUCUGCAAUUUAUGAAGUAAUUAGAAUUUCGAAUGUUGAAAAAGUAUAUAUUUUUGAUUACAUAGCUUUCUUUGAGAUUGUAGUCGAUCAUACACUAACUUUAAGAGAAUUCAUUAUAAAGAUUUAAUUAAUUAAUAAAGAAGGAAAACUUAGUAAAUUAAAUAUUUGACUUUAAAAAAGCUUGUUUAUUUGAAGAAUCAUUAAAAGUUUUAAAACUGAAUUUUUUUCUUAUCGUCAAACAAGAAAUUGUAAUGAUUAUAAUAAAUAUAAGGAAUUUUAUGAAGUUCUCUUUUCCCCCAUUAUAAAUGCAAAAGCUGUUUAGGAUAAAGGAUUAGUAUUAGUGGCCAAUAUUAAUCAUUUAGAAAAUUAAAUUUAACUAAUUUUCAGAACAAAUCCUUAAAAUGGAGAAUGCGAUACUAUUUAUAAGUUAUUUUAAAAAUACAUAAAUUACAACAAGACAAGGCCAAAAUAAUAUAGAAGGGAUGGUUAGUUGACGGCUGAAUUUAUUCAAUCAGUGGAUAAAAUUAUUUAUGAUUAACAUAGCUGCGUAGUUCAAAUUACUUUACUCUAACCAAGAGGGGAUGUAAUUAGAUAUACAAGAUCAUUUUAAUAAUUAAUUGAGUUUAAAGAUGAUGAGAUACUGAAUUAAAAUAUUAAGAAUUUUAUCCCUUCAAUUAUUGCAAAUGGCCAUGAUUAAUAUUUAAAUAAUUUUGUUGAGACUGGAAGAAUUAAUGUUUUAAAAAGAGAAUUAAGAAUUAUUUUGGUUAAAUUAAAAUCAGGGUUUGUUAUUCCUAUCAAUACUAGAUUGAGAAUUGAAGUAAAUCCAUUGGAAUUUGGAGCGUAGGCUCUUAUGACAUCAGUUAACUAGACAUAUGGUUAUUUGAUGCUUAAUGAAUAAGGAUAAGUUGAAGAAAUAACAAAGAAUAUAUAUGAAGAUACAUUUUACUAAUAUUUAGGAUUAGAUUUAGAUGCUGUUAAAGGAUUAGAUUUUUUACUUUUGAUUCCUGAGUUAUCAAAGAUUUGGUAAAGUUUAUUUGAUGAAAACUUUGAUAAGUUAGACUUAUAUUAAGAAGGAGAAUUGGUCAUCCCAAUCAUUGAAAAACAAACUCAUUCAUCAAUAUUUUCAUAGAAUUAUGGAAACAAAUAAUAACAAAACAAAAGACUAGGAGAGUAUAUGAACAAGUUUCCAGAAAGUGCCAUUAAAUCUUAGGUUAAUUUUCAUCUCACAAGUCUCACUACAAUUAAUUUAAGGUAAUGCAUUUGAUUAUUCAAAAAUAGAGUAGUUAUAAUAGAAAUUCCAGAGUAUCGAUAAACCAUUAACAAAUAGUAUUAAAAUUCAUUAUAGCUAAUAUAAGUUAAGCAAUCUUAGUCAUAAAAUGAUGUCAUAUAUCAAUCAGGAUUACCUAGCUACAAAUCACCUUUGUAUACUCCUGCUCCAUCUAAAACUUUGAUGAAUGAAUGUGAUUUAGAAUCUGAUUAUCUAAUUGAAGAAAGAAAAAUGGUAGAAGAAUUUAAGAAUUAAUUAGCUUCACUUACUAGGAAUAACUCAAUCUAAAAUAAUUAUUUGAAAGCACUUAUAAAUUAAGAAUAAUAAUGUUAGAUCUCAACAGAUAUUAAAAUUAUUAUGCCUUCAAAUAUUACAUCAUGUAAAGGCGAAGAGCUUGAACAGAAAUAACUUCAACAAGAACAUUUCUUGAAAUAAUAAUAAAAUGGAUCUGUUGGCACUAAGUCUUCUUAAAACAAUAACAAUUCAAUUAAGUUAUAAAUAAGUAAUUGCUUAUAAAACAAUAAAUAAUUGAAUUUUAGGAUUAAAUCUUUUUUAUUCAUAUUUUAUUCGCUAUUGCUUGUUGGGUUUAUUCUAAACUUUUGUCUUUUGUUAAUUAAUUUUGAAAAAGUGGAUAACAAUGUAAAUUUUGAAAGUUUGCCCUAUAAAUUUUCUUACUACUACAAUGAAUUUGUUAUUGCAAAAGUAUAUCAAUCAUCAAAUGAGUUUAACUUUAAUAAUCUUCUCCAAGUCUCAAUAAAUUAUUAUCAAUUAAAUUAGAAAUAUGUUGAUAAAACAGUCUCUCUUAUGCCUUUCAUCGAUACAAUAAAUUAAUAAACCAUGAAAAGAAGAAUCAUAAACCUUCUAUAAUAAAUGUCGGAGGCUUAUCAUAGUAAUUCAAGUAUAACUAUUGAGGAUUUCUUUAAUAACACAUAUGCUUUUCAUAUUCUAUUAGAUGAAUUUGAUGGUGCUAAUUCUCUUUUGUAAAUUUAGGGUCUCCUUAAUUUGUAACUUAAUAAUAACAAUAUUUAGGUUUAUUUUUGAAGAAGUAACAAUAUUUUUACUAUUAAUUUGGUAUGCUUAUUUUUACAUCUCAAUUCUAAAGGUGAAGGUAUCAUUUUAUAAAUUAUUUUGUACUUUUUCAAGAGAUUUUAUCAAAGAUUAAUUUAUCUAAUUUCAUUCAUUGCAUAAUUAAAUAAGUCAUUCCAAAUUUAAAAAUAGUGAGACUAACGAAGAAUCAUUUGAAGCAUCUAUGAUAAGUCAAUUUCAGAAAAAUUCAAGAUAAGGAAAUCUAGAAAACCAGGUUAGAAUUGGUAAAUAAAUUUAAACUUCAUGUAAUCAAUCUAUUUAUGUUUAUAGAGAUUAGUUUAAAUUUGUACAUAUUCAUAUUUACCAUUUUUAUGUUCUUUUCUUUUUAUUCAUUAUAUUAUUUUGGAACUUACAUUAUGUAUAAGCAAGUGCUGAGUAGCAUAGAAUUAAAUGAUUCGAAAAGAAUCUAUUAUGAAAAUAUAGCGAAUGAUUUAAUUUUUGCUUAUGCACAAUAAACUUUUUACUACAAUAAAACGAUUACACAAGAAAUGAGCUAAUAUUAAGAUAAAGUAUUGGGUGAAUUUAAAUAAAGAAUUUCAUAGAUCUCACAAUUAGAAGACUAAUCAAAUUUUCUAAUUAAUAAAAUAUUAUUAGAUGAAGUUUGUAUAGUUUAUCAAGAAGGAAUGUAAAGCAUCGUUAUGUAUUUAGUAUUUUACUGAAUACUGAUUAUUAGAAUCUAUUUACCUUUGAACAGUGCAAAUCGAUGCCUUCUCUAUCAAAAGGUUUAAUUUUCGUUGUGUAAGAGUUAUUUUAGAACUACAAAAGCAUUGUAGAGGAUACUGAAUUGAAAUAUUAAAAUGGAACUUUUACAUUUUCCAAUUUAUAGCUAGUUGAUACACAAAUAAAGAGGCUAUAUUCACAAUUUGGUUUUUAAAUUAUAAUAGAAAUUUUAAGAAACGAUAUUAAAUAUUUCAUAUCCUAAAUAAUUUAAUUAAAUAUAUUAACUUUUGUUUUAGCAAUUAUUUUAGCUACUAUCACAAUAAUAAUUGCAAAAUUAUCAAUUGAAAAGGCGUAUUAGCAAUACUAAGACAGUAAAAAAAUAUUAAUGUUGUUUCCAUAUGAAAAACUUAUGGAAAAUGCAUAUGUUAUCAAUUUUAUAACAAAAGAUUUUAAUAUUUCAGCCUGA